AUGGCGGACGGGGACAGCGGCAGCGAGCGCGGCGGCGGGUUCGGCGGCCCGCGCGGGCCGGGCCCCGAGCAGGAGACGCAGGAACUGGCCUCCAAGCGCCUGGACAUCCAGAACAAGCGCUUCUACCUGGACGUGAAGCAGAACGCCAAGGGCCGCUUCCUCAAGAUCGCCGAGGUGGGCGCGGGCGGCUCCAAGAGCCGCCUCACGCUCUCCAUGGCCGUGGCCGCCGAGUUCCGCGACUACCUGGGCGACUUCAUCGAGCACUACGCGCAGCUGGGCCCCAGCAGCCCCGAGCAGCUGGCGGCGGCCGGGCCGGGCGAGGAGGCCGGGCCGCGCCGCGCGCUGAAGAGCGAGUUCCUGGUGCGCGAGAACCGCAAGUAUUACCUGGACCUGAAGGAGAACCAGCGCGGCCGCUUCCUGCGCAUCCGCCAGACCAUCAACCGCGGCCCGGGCCCGGGCUUCCCCGGCCCACCCGGCCUGCAGAGCGGCCAGACCAUCGCGCUGCCGGCCCAGGGCCUCAUCGAGUUCCGCGACGCGCUGGCCAAGCUCAUCGACGACUACGGCGGCGACGAGGAGGAGCUGGGCGGGCCGGGCGGCGGCGCGGGGCUGGGCGGGGAGCUGCCCGAGGGCACCUCCAUCACCGUGGACUCCAAGCGCUUCUUCUUCGACGUGGGCUGCAACAAGUACGGCGUGUUCCUGCGCGUGAGCGAGGUGAAGCCGUCCUACCGCAACGCCAUCACCGUGCCCUGCAAGGCCUGGGCCCAGUUCGGCGGCGCCUUCUGCCGCUACGCCGACGAGAUGCGCGACAUCCAGGAGCGCCAGCGGGACAAGCUCUACGAGCGCCGCGCCGGGCCGGCCGGGCCGGGCAGCGGCAGCGGGGCCGGCGAUGACUCCGAUGGGGACGACGUGGACGACGACUGA